AUGUGUGCCUUGCUAACAUCUCCCACAGAAUGGCGGGUGAAGUAUCUGGACUACAAGGCUGGGAAGAAACAUGUCAAAGCAGUCGCAAGAGCAGCCGCUCGAAUGGCCGCAACACCUCGACAUCCUCCUACACCUGCGCUCCAAGCAAGUCGAAGUUUAUACGGCGCGACUGCCUUUACUCCACGCGUACGACCCCCAUCUACACUGGGCCAAGACAGCAAUAGCCAUCCCGCGACAGAACCUGCGAGAGCGAACCCACCACCAAAGGCAGAUUCGAAUCUUCCUGUAGUAACACCUUCUGCAGAAAAUCAGAAAACUCCGCCUAUGGAUAUUUCAAGAGGAAGGAAAUCACCUACACCAUCUGAAGCAGCCACGGCGGGAAAUUAUGGUAGUUUUGUUCCAACACCUCCAGCCAGAAAGCCUCAUCCAUUCGAACUUCCAGAGCCUGCAAUUACCCCCGAUCUUGCUCGUCGUCCCUCACCACAAUUUGGUACACCAUUAAACAAUAGACCUCGAAGCGAUAGACCUGCCCCCUUACGGACGUCAUCAGUCAACCUGCCAAACGCAUACGAGGUUGGGCCAACCACUCCUCCGCCGAAAUCUGGGUUCAAUUCCCUACGAGGAAGAAUUGCCCAGCAACGUACACCUCGUUCAACGAUCCGUCGUAUGUUCACCUCGAGCACACCUUUGACUACAGCCGAGCAUCACCGCGUGGAUACAGACAUGGUUGCUUUUGAUCAAGUGAGAACCAAGCAGAAAGACUUCUUCAAGUUCAUGGACAAAGAGUUGGUCAAAAUUGAGGAAUUUUACAAAUCAAAGGAAGAUGAGGCAGGACGUCGUCUGGAGAUUCUCCGUGAGCAAUUGCACGAGAUGAGAAAUAGAAGGAUAGAGGAGGUCGCUGCCGCGCAGCAAGCCAAGCUUCAAUACAAAAAUGGCCAUCCAAAUGGAAUCGGUUUGGAUGGCAAUGGUAAUCAGACUGGCGAGAUUUCAAGACCAACCUCACGAGAUGCACUCACUUCCUGGCUUGACCCAUUGGAGAGGGUCAUCGGAGGCGCCAAAGUGAAAGCUUUCGGCCCACACAUCGGAUCCAACUCCAAAGCCUUACAGAAAAUGCGUAACUCACCUCAUCUCCUACCAAACAAUAACCCUAAUAACCACGACGAAGGCGGUAAAGAUUUUGUUCGACGUUUACACCAUGCGGAUGAAGUUCCUUAUCGAACGGCGAAAAGAAAGCUCAAGCUAGCAUUGCAAGAAUUCUACCGAAGCAUGGAACUCCUCAAGUCAUACGCCCUUCUUAAUAGAACAGCUUUUCGCAAAAUCAACAAGAAAUACGACAAAGCCAUCGAUGCACAUCCACCACUGCGUUACAUGACCGAAAAGGUUAGCAAAGCUUGGUUCGUUCAAAGUGAUGUUCUUGACGCCCAUUUACAUGCUGUGGAAGACCUGUAUGCUCGAUACUUCGAGCGUGGAAACCACAAAGUGGCAGUCGGAAAGCUGAGAAGCUCGUCUGGAAAAGGCGGCGAUCAAUCCGCGAGUGCCUUUCAAAAUGGUGUUCUGAUAGGUACGGGUGCUGUGUUCUCCAUUCAAGGCAUUAUCUACGGUCGCGAUCUAUUGUUGCAUCCUGAUCCUACCGUCGUUGCGCAGACAAGCUAUCUACUUCAGAUAUAUGCGGGAUACUUCCUGGCACUCUAUCUAUUUUGCUGGUUUUGCUUAUGCUGUAGUGUAUGGACUAGACACAAGAUCAACUACGUUUUCGUGUUCGAAUUUGAUCCUCGACAUAACUUAGACUGGCGUCAGCUAUCCGAGUUCCCUUCAUUUCUCUUGCUGAUUUUAGGUCUGUUUGUCUGGGUAAACUUUACUCGAUACGGAGCCGCAGACAUGUACAUUUACUUUCCAGUGAUACUGAUAUUUGCUACGAUUGUUAUUAUAUUCUUUCCUGGCCCGAUUUUAUAUCAUCGGAGCAGGAAAUGGUUCGUAUAUUCGAAUUGGCGUUUACUUUUGGCUGGAUUAUACCCCGUUGAAUUUCGCGAUUUCUUUCUUGGAGACAUGUUUUGCUCUCUGACAUACUUUACAGCUAACAUAGAGCUUUUUUUCUGCUUGUACGCAAAUUAUUGGAAAAACCCAUCGCAAUGCAACUCUACACAUUCCAGACUUCUGGGAUUUUUCACUGCACUACCUGCCAUUUGGCGGACGUUACAAUGUUUGAGGCGUUAUUACGAUACUCGCAAUUUCUUCCCACAUCUUGUCAACUGUGGCAAGUAUGGUAUGACGAUUUUGUACUAUGUUACACUGAGUAUGUAUCGGAUAGAUCAGACCAACAGCAAACUAGCGUUAUUUGCGACAUUUGCCGUCAUCAGUUCAAUUUAUUCCUCCAUUUGGGAUAUUUUGAUGGAUUGGUCACUUUUGCAACCCAAUUCAUCAAAGCGACUUCUCCGUGAUGUUCGUGGUUUCAAAUCCACGUGGUGGUACUACGGCGCAAUGAUCAUCGAUCCCAUCUUACGAUUCAACUGGAUAUUCUAUGCACUGUAUACCCACCAAGUACAACAUAGCGCCACGGCCUCAUUCCUUGUUGCCUUCUCCGAGGUAACUCGUCGUGGAAUAUGGACUCUCUUUCGAGUAGAGAAUGAACAUUGUUCGAAUGUUGCGCGAUUCAAGGCAUCUCGAGACGUGCCAUUACCUUACUCUAUUCACACGAGUUCAGAUGAGGAGGAUCGCCCUCAGACCGCUGAGAGCGCUACAGAAGAGAACCACGUACAUAUUACGCCAACAUUAUCUCGAAACAGAAGCCACACCGGAACUGCCCUCGAAGCUCAACCUAUGGAUGGUGGUUCUCUACGAAGACGGCCGACACCGGUGCGGACCUUUACUAAAGUCCUAGCUGAUGCUCACACGCAGGAUUUCGAGAAGAGAAGGAAGCCUGGAAAGGGCGAGACAGACAGUACUGGCAAUAGAAGAAGGGAUGGCGACUCUUCUGUUGAGGAAGGUGAUUCCGCAGGAAGUAGUGAUGAGGAGGACAAUGAGGACCAGGAUCUUUUAGAUGCUGAAGCCUUAAUACGAGAGACAAGUCGCGAUCGACGAGAUCCAAGCCCUGAUCGAAGAGAUCCAAGACCUGAUCGUUCUUGA